AUGGUGGUCCUCCGCAGCAGCCUGGAGCUGCACGGCCACUCCGCCGCCUCGGCCGCGAGCUCCCUGGACCUGUCCAGCGAGUUCCUCAGCUUGGAACGGAUCGGCCGGAGGCGGCUGCGCUCGGCCCGCGCCGCCGAGCAGCCCGCCGUCCCCGCGGCCGCCGUGGGGGAUGGGUCUUCGGUUAAGGAAGUUGAAACCUACCACCGGAAACGUGUUUUAAGGACUUUGAGAAAAAAUGCACAAAAUUCUUCAGAUUCUAGUUUUGAUAAGAAUAUGGAAGUAACAGAGAAACAUGCUAAUGGCAGGCAUUUUACAAGGCAGUUGGCCAGACAGCAGGCUGAUAAAAAAAAAGAAGAAAGCAAAAAAGACAAAGUAAUUCCAGUUACUCGGUCAUUGAGGACUAGAAACAUUGUUCAGACUCCAGAACACUUGCAUGAAGAGAAUGGUGAUGUUGAAGUUCGCCGCAGUUGUAGGAUUAGAAGUCGUUACAGUAGUGUGAACCAGUCUGUGCUAUUUGAUAAACUUAUAACAAACACUGCUGAAGCUGUACUUCAAAAAAUGGAUGACAUGAAGAAGAUGCGUAGACGGCGAAUGAGAGGACUAGAAGACUUGACAGUGUUUAAUGAAACAGAAGAAGGGAAUCUUAAUAUGUACACAAGAGGAAAACAAAAAAGUAUUCAAAGAACUGAUGAAGAAACAACUGAUAAUCAAGAAGGCAGUGUGGAAUCAUCUGAAGAGGGUGAAGACCAAGAAGAUGAAGAUGAUGGUGAAGAGGAAGAUGAUGAAGAUGAAGAAGAUGGAGAAGAAGAUAAUCAGAAACGAUAUUAUCUUAGACAGAGAAAAGCUACUGUUUACUACCAGGCUCCAUUGGAAAAACCUCGUCACCAGAGAAAGCCCAACAUAUUUUAUAGUGGCCCAGCUUCUCCUGCCAGAUCAAGAUAUCGAUUAUCUUCUGCGGGACCAAGAAGCCCUUACUGCAAACGAAUGAACAGGCGAAGGCAUGCAAUUCACAGUAGUGAUUCUACUUCCUCUUCCUCUUCUGAAGAUGAACAGCACUUUGAGAGGCGCAGGAAAAGGAGUCGUAAUAGAGCUAUCAACAGGUGCCUGCCACUAAAUUUUCGGAAAGAUGAAUUAAAAGGAAUUUAUAAAGAUCGAAUUAAAAUUGGAGCAAGCCUUGCUGAUGUUGAUCCAAUGCAAUUAGAUUCUUCAGUACGAUUUGAUAGUGUUGGUGGUCUGUCUAAUCAUAUUGCAGCUCUAAAAGAGAUGGUGGUAUUCCCAUUACUUUAUCCGGAAGUCUUUGAAAAAUUCAAAAUUCAACCUCCAAGAGGUUGUUUGUUUUAUGGUCCACCUGGAACCGGAAAAACUCUGGUUGCUAGAGCACUUGCCAAUGAAUGCAGUCAAGGCGAUAAGAGAGUAGCAUUUUUCAUGAGAAAAGGUGCUGAUUGUCUAAGUAAAUGGGUAGGAGAGUCUGAAAGACAACUACGAUUGCUAUUUGAUCAGGCUUACCAGAUGCGCCCAUCCAUUAUUUUCUUUGAUGAAAUUGAUGGUCUGGCUCCAGUACGAUCAAGCAGGCAAGAUCAAAUUCACAGUUCAAUUGUUUCCACCCUGCUAGCUCUUAUGGAUGGAUUGGACAGCAGAGGAGAAAUUGUAGUCAUUGGUGCUACCAACAGAUUGGAUUCUAUUGAUCCUGCUUUACGAAGGCCUGGUCGCUUUGACAGAGAAUUUCUUUUCAGCUUACCUGAUAAAGAUGCUCGAAAAGAAAUUCUAAAGAUACACACCAGGGAUUGGAAUCCUAAACCACUGGACAUAUUUCUAGAAGAACUAGCAGAAAACUGUGUUGGAUACUGUGGUGCAGAUAUUAAGUCAAUAUGCUCUGAGGCUGCUUUAUGUGCUCUGCGUCGACGCUACCCACAGAUCUAUAACACUAGUGAGAAACUGCAGUUGGACCUCUCUUCAAUUACUAUCUCAGCUAAAGAUUUUGAGGUAGCUAUGCAAAAGAUGAUACCAGCCUCUCAAAGAGCAGUGACAUCACCUGGGCAGGCACUGUCCACCAUUGUGAAACCUCUCCUGCAAAGUACUGUUCACAGGAUCUUAGAAGCCCUUCAGAGAGUAUUUCCACAUGCGGAAAUCAGAACAAAUAAAGCACUGGACUCCGAUAUUUCUUGUCCUCUGCUAGAAAGUGACUUGGCAUACAGUGAUGAUGAUGUUCCAUCAGUAUGUGAAAAUGGGCUUCCUCAAAAUUCUUUUAAUAAAGCAAAAGAAAAUUUUAAUUUUCUUCAUUUGAAUAGAAAUGCUUGUUAUCAACCUAUGUCUUUUCGACCAAGAAUGUUGAUAGUGGGAGAACCAGGAUUUGGGCAAGGUUCUCAUUUGGCGCCAGCUGUCAUCCAUGCUUUGGAAAAAUUUGCAGUGUAUACAUUAGACAUUCCUGUUCUUUUUGGAAUCAGUACUACAUCUCCUGAAGAAACAUGUGCUCAGAUGAUUCGUGAAGCUAAGAGAACAGCACCGAGUAUAGUGUAUAUUCCUCAUAUCCACUUGUGGUGGGAAAUAGUUGGACCAACACUCAAAGCCACAUUUACCACAUUAUUACAGAAUAUUCCUUCAUUUGCUCCAGUUUUACUACUUGCAACUUCUGACAAACCCCAUUCUUCUUUACCAGAAGAGGUGCAAGAAUUAUUUAUCCGUGAUUAUGGAGAAAUUUUCAAUGUUCAGUUACCUGGUAAAGAAGAACGGACAAAAUUUUUUGAGGAUUUAAUUCUAAAACAAGCUGCUAAGCCUCCCAUAUCAAAAAAGAAAGCAGUUUUGCAGGCCUUGGAGGUACUCCCAGUAGCACCACCACCUGAGCCAAGACCAUUGACAGCAGAAGAAUUGAAACAACUAGAAGAACAAGAAGAAAAUACAUUUAGAGAACUGAGGAUUUUCUUAAGAAAUGUUACACAUAGGCUUGCUAUUGAUAAGCGAUUCAGAAUAUUUACUAAACCUGUUGACCCUGAUGAGGUUCCUGAUUAUGUUACUGUAAUAAAACAACCAAUGGACCUUUCAUCUGUAAUCAGUAAAAUUGACCUCCACAAGUAUCUGACUGUGAAAGACUAUUUGAGUGAUAUCGAUCUGAUCUGUAGUAAUGCUUUAGAAUACAAUCCCGAUAGAGAUCCUGGAGAUCGUCUUAUUAGGCACAGAGCAUGUGCUUUAAGAGAUACUGCCUAUGCAAUAAUUAAAGAAGAACUUGAUGAAGACUUUGAGCAGCUUUGUGAAGAAAUUCAGGAAUCUAGAAAAAAGAGAGGUUGUAGCUCCUCCAAAUAUGCUCCAUCUUAUUACCAUGUGAUGCCAAAGCAAAAUUCCACUUCUGCUGGUGAUAAAAGAUUGGUUCCAGAGCAGAAUGAAAAGCUCAAGAUGCUCAAUAUUCCUGUGGCUUGCAGCACUCCUGCUCAGUUGAAGAGAAAGAUCCGCAAAAAGUCAAAGUGGUACUUAGGCACCAUCACAAAACGAAGAAAGAUUUCACAGACAAAAGAUGGCAGCCAAAAUGUCACAGAUGACAAAAUUGAGAGUGAUACAGAGGAAAAUCAUGAUACAAGUGUAGACCACAUUGAGACUGGAAACACAGGAGAGUCUUCAAUGGAAGAAAAUGAGAUGCAGCAAAAUGGCUCUGAAAGCAAAAUAGAUUUGGGAAAUAACUCAAGUAUCUGUAGCAUUGAGAAUGAACUUGAAUCUGGGAAGGAUGCCGCAAGUACAGAACUGAAGAAAGAUAAGAUUACUUGCAAUGGAGAUUCUUUAAGCUCUCAAAUAAUAAAUGUUUCGGAUGAAAGUGAAGCAAAAGAAAGGUGGGUUCUGCAAAUGACUCGAGCUAGACAUUCCCAAAUAGAGCAACAGCAGCUCAUCAGUGCUGAAAAGGCUUUGGCAAUUCUUUCACAGCCUACACCCUCCCUUGUUGUGGACCACGAGCGAUUAAAAAAUCUUUUGAAAACUGUUGUUAAAAAGAGCCAGAAAUACAAUCUUUUUCAGUUGGAAAAUUUAUAUGCAGUAAUCAGCCAGUGUAUUUAUCAGCAUCGCAGGGACUAUGACAAAACAACACUUAUUCAGAAAAUGGAGCAAGAGGUAGAAAACUUCAUUUGUUCCAGAUCCUGA